AUGGAUUUAACUAAUCAGAAUUCAAGCCAGGAUGUCGAAAAUCUUUUUUCGCUGCAAAAACCCGAGUUACAAGGAAUGCUAGAACUCGAUCGGGACCUGUUUCAGAAAGUUAUUAAACUCCCCGCUAUUCGAAUCGACGCGAAGGAUUGCAAUAUUUUUCGCAAAAAAUUACAAAAUGUCCUUCUAAAUCGACCAAGGCUUAAAAACAUAGUCCCGGAUCCUGAUGUAAACUGCCGAACUAAGAAGAUCAUCGUAUUGAGACCUGGCGCGACUCUAAGCGAUGAUGAGAAAGCCUUUGUUAAGUCACGUGGUGGAUUGAGUGUCAAUCACGAGAUGACGUUAGGGUAUAGUUACUGGACCUCUGAGCAGAUUCUGCGCGAAGUCCUCCCCCCAGAGAUCACUGAUGUGCCAUCAGGGUUUGAGACGAUUGGUCACAUUGCACAUGUCAAUUUGCGAGACAACCAACUCAAGUUUAAGAACAUUAUUGGACAAGUAAUCAUGGACAAGAAUUCCCCUCAGAUAAAGACUGUAGUCAACAAGACAAACACAAUUGAUGACACAUUCAGAUUCUUCAAAAUGGAGGUCAUCGCAGGAGAAAAUAAUCUUCAAACAUCAAUAAUUCAGAAUGGUAUCACCUAUGAGUUUGACUUCUCUAAAGUUUACUGGAAUUCACGUCUCCAGGCAGAACAUGACAGGCUUGUUGACAGCUUUUCCAGUUCUGACGUCAUCUGUGAUAUGUUUGCAGGGGUGGGACCAUUUGCAAUUCCUGCUGCAAAAAAAGGCUGUUUUGUGUAUGCAAAUGAUUUGAACCCAAGCUCUUUCAAAGCACUCGAGCAGAAUGCUAAAAUCAACCAAGUAGCUGAUAGAAUCAAGGCUUUUAAUUUGGAUGGUAGGGAGUUUGUAAUGCAAGUUACAGAGAAUACUUUAAAGGAGAAUAACAAGAUGUUUAAUCAUGUCGUCAUGAACCUUCCUGCAACUGCUUUGCAAUUUUUAGAUGUAUUCAAAGGCUUAUUUUCUGGAUACGAAGACAAAUUUAUAUCAGGUAGCACCCUGAUAAACCUCCCUUCUGUUCAUUGCUACUGCUUUUCAAAAGAUGAGAACCCAAUGAUGGAUGCACAAAAGCAGGCAGAAAAAGUUUUAGGGGCUUCUCUUGAAGGCAUUUGUAAAGUUUACCAUGUAAGGAAUGUGGCACCAAAGAAGCAGAUGAUGUGCGUGUCAUUUAAGCUACCGAGCAGUGUUGCAUUCAGCCCAUUAGAAGGGAUAGAAGAGAACAAGGUUAUCAAGAGACCAAUGGAUGGUGAAACUGAAAACACCCCAUUGCCAAAGAUAACAAAAUGUGAACAAGAGUGGAAGCAAAAUAAAAAAAUUAUCUCCGAUUGAUCUUGAUGGCAUUAUACACCAUUAACCUUUGCUGUUGGUUUUAAAUGAGAAAUUUGUAGAAAACGAUUAUGUCCUCUGGCCCGAACAGAUAAUUUCACUGGCUAUGAAAGUGCCUGAACAGAUAAUGUUCGCCGGCUAAGAAGUGUCCAUUGGAUGAGAAACCUAUCCCUCCUUCCCUACAUGAUAUAGUUUUUCAUACAUUUUUUGUAAUUCAGCUCCCUCUCCGUCAUGAUUGGUACCUUUAAUCCCAAAACUUUAUGCUUCACGGUCAAGGUUUAGAUAAUGUACACGGAUUAAACACUGUCAGUGUAUACCGUUGAGAAUAUUAAAGUGGCAAUG